AUGCACGUCGUGAAGCAGCUGCUGUUCUACGUCGCACAGCGUCCGCUGGCACUCGCGCCGCUCGUGCUCGUGCUCAGUGUCUUCUACGGGUUUGCCCGCGUCUUGACGCUCCAGUACGUCGUCGGCGCUCUGCAGGACGCCGCGUCUCGGCGCUGGUCAACGCCUAUUCCGCGCACGUUCGUUUCUGCGGUCUGUGUUGCUGCAGUCUCUGCGGUCGUCUGCACCGGUCUUGGCCACGAAACUGUACUAUGGAGAGGGAUGUCGACGCCGUAUUGGACACACGUCUUGUGGCUGCCCCUGACGCUGCACAGGGGCAAGUGGAGUCGACUCGUUGGGGCUCCACUGCUCGCGUUUGCAGUGGCAGUGAUUGAGGCGGUGCUAGUGCAGCUGGAACAUGGGGUCGGGGGGGAACUGGUGGCGCCGUUGAGCAGCUGGAGCGUGUUGUCUGUACCCAUGUUGUCGGGGCCCGAGAGGGGUGCACCGAGGGCAAAUGCUGACAGCGUGCACUCGAUUGAUCAAGCAGGCGGAGCGUGGAACGAACGAGCAGCCAGUACUGCAGCAGCAGACAGGGAUCGGGUGGGGACGCUUGUGUACGCUCGGAUGGCGGGUGACCUUGUGCUGGCCGCAGUCGUGUGUGCGGGCUUUGCGUUGGCUCGCUUUUUCCACGAACCGCAAUAUGAUGGUGACAAGUUACGUGAAGCUGCGAGUCAUUGCGACAUCUUGGGCGUGAAGCUACUCCUUGCUCGAGGAAUGAACCCUGACGCGUGCUCUAACGAUGGCACGACGGCGCUGCACGUUUGUGCACAGCAAGCUGUUGACAGGGUAGCCCGAGUGCUUCUCGACCAUGGAGCAAAUGCGAAUAUCAGCGAUCGACUUGGGCUCACGCCGUUGCACUGGGCGGUGCAGGUGCGACGAGAAGAAGUGUCGACCACGAGUCGAUUGACGACGAUCCGACUACUGUUGCGCCACGGUGCGAACCCGCACAAGCCCGACGCCAGCGGCACAUCAUCGCUUUGCCUAGCAUCACGCGACGAAAACCAAGCGUCGCUGGACGUGUUGAACGAGUUCUUGCCUGCAGAGGAUGCUGUCGGGGAGGCAGAUACCACUGAAGCGAUAGGCGAAGCGGAAAGUUAA